AUGAAAGAUUGUUCCGUGAAGUUUACAAAUGGCCCUCCACUAGGAAUUCUUCCUUAUAUAAUGCAAGAAAAACCUUUAACUCGUCCAACCUCUAGUGAUAGGGAGCCACUUAAAGAGUUAGAUGAUAAGUUCAAAGCCAAAAGAUCAUUAAGACCCCAAAGAGUUGAGGGUAUCCGUGAUGUCAACUUAUUGGAGUCCAAGCAACAUGCCUCUUAA